GACGGUUGUGGCGGUCCGAGCUGCACCGGAGGAUCCUCACUGUUAUUCCGCGGUAUUGGGUGACACCGGGCAGACAGGGUCGACUGCACCGGACACACUCACCGAAAAUCUGCCUCCGUCAGAAGGAGCGGGCUGUCGGGGCAGGUGAGCCGCCUGGAGCCGGAGUUCUAUGGACAUUCAGCGGGGACGGAAGACACGGAGACCCGGAGACAGCUGCUGGUCACAGGCUCAGCAGCUAACUGCUAAUGGAUAGUAGCUAACAGCGGCUAACCGGAGCUAAGAGAUACAGACAGCAGCUAACUGCUAACGGACAGUAGCUAACAGCGGCUAACUCGCUGCGGUGGCUCAGAUCCGUCGGUGUGUUACCGCGUUUGGAUGCUAGCAGGAGUAGAGAGGAGCUUCACAGCACCGCAGAAACAAACCACUUCAGAGGUCAUGUUUCUCCACGAUGAACCCAGCCCGCAAACGCCUCAAACUCAGCCCAUCCAAACUGCAGCCUGCUGCCACCGACUCCAGCAGCAGCUCCCAUGAUGCUUUGCUGCUGCCGCCUCCUCGAGCCUGUGUAGGGGCUGGAGCCGAGGAGGAGGAGGAAGAGGAAGGAUACCUGCUGGUCAUGGAGGAUGCCACUGACUCCAGCCUCGUCAUCACUAUGGAGGACAGCCAGGUGGAGGUGAAGGCGGCGAGGAGAAAGGCAGCGAGGAAGUGGAGCCGGAAAGUGACUGAUGAUGAGGAGAGGGGCGGAGCCUCGGAGAGUGACGAGGAGGACACGGGAGUGGAUGUGGAGAUUGACAGACAGCUGGAUCAGUCACUGGAGACAAAGUCCAAACAACACAACCUGACCACUGUGAACGUCAGAAACAUCAUCCACGAGGUGAUCACCAACGAGCACGUGGUGGCCAUGAUGAAAGCCGCCAUCAACGAGACAGAGGCCGUCCCUCCCUUUGAGCCUAAAAUGACUCGAUCCAAGUUUAAAGAGGUGGUGGAGAAAGGAGUGGUGAUUCCAGCCUGGAACAUUUCUCCCAUCAAGAAGACCAGCGAUGCCCACAAGGCUCCUCAGUUCGUGGACAUCCCUCUGGCUGAAGAAGACUCCUCUGAUGAAGAGUACCAUCCAGAUGAGGAGGAGGAGGAUGAGACAGCUGAAGAUACGUUCCAGGAGAGUGACAUGGAGAGCACAGCGUCAUCUCCAAGGGGGAGUCGCCUGAACCGAGUGGAGGAGGAGAGCUGCAGCCCCUGGCAGACUUCUCGGAGUCGAUCCAGACAUUUGAGGGCGGGGCUUGUCUCAAUGGGACCUCCUCCUCCACCCAAAACCCCGCCUCCUAGAGCAGUGACUGACAGCACAUUCCUGGAGAAGCUUCACGCUGUGGAGGAGGAGCUAGCUGUUUGUAUGGAGCCCUACCAGCCUCUGUCUGAGUCAGAGGAUGAGGCAGGUCUGAUGGCGUACCGGACUCGGUCCAAGCGUCCUCUCCGGGAUGUCCCACUUGGACAGCUGGAGGCGGAGCUCCGUGCUCCUGACAUCACGCCUGACAUGUAUGACUCCAGUUCCGCCCACGAGGACAGGGAGUGGACUGAUUGGCUGAGAGGCCUGAUGAGCUCAGACGUGGACAACGAAGAGGAGUGUGAUGAUGAAGAUGAUCCAGAGUACAACUUCCUGGCUGACAACGACGAACCAGAUCUGGAGGAUUACCGUGACGACAAGGCUGUCCGCAUCACCAAGAAGGAGGUGAACGAGUUGAUGGAGGAGCUCUUUGAAACGCUCAAAGAGGACCUGGCUGGACAGGAGGUGGAUGAUGAAGGCCACGAGGAGGAGGAGGAGCCACAGGAGGAAUCACACGCUGUCCAGACAGACACACAGCAGCAGCACACAGCGGCAGCUCAAGAUGAGCAGGAGGACGGACCAAUCACAGGGCGGCAUACUGUGAAGCAACAACUGGCUUUGAUCAGGAGGAGACAGACACACACACCGAGUAACACACACUGUACAGAACCGCACACACUGAGGCUGAACGCACAACAGAAGAGACGCCUGCAGCAGCAGCUACAGCAGCAUGUCCAGCUGCUGACUCAGGUCCACCUGCUGUCCUCACCUGUGUCCAAACUGCAGAGUGAGGCUGAGACCAGCAGACAGUUCCUGUUCGAGCUGAACCUGUUGGCGCAGCGUGGCGAGCUGAUGCGGUCUGCAGAACGUCCUGGUUUCUGUAGUGCCUUCAGAGCCUCCAACCUGCAGGGGGCGCUGCAGCUGCUGGAGGAGCUGCGACAGGCUCCCAUCAGCUACCGGCCGCAGCUCCGCCUACCGGACGCCAGAGGUUACAUGCGAUGUUUCCCCGUCAUGCCGUCGGAACUGGCCUGGAUCUUCGCUACCCGUCCAACCUUUCUCUACCCUGAGCUGCUGCCCUGCGUCAGCCUCGACCCGGACCUGUACUGCCCCCGCAGGACGGCGGCGUUCACUGCAGCCGAGGACUGCCUGCUGGUCCUCGGCCUCAGGAACAUGGAGGGAGCAUGUGACCCUCCAAAGCUGGUGUCUCAGUUCCUGCUGAGGAAGACUUUGGUCCAAGUACGACGAAGAAUCCUGCAGUGCUGCAGACCUGGUUUCCCUGACAACAUCGUCAAGGCCUUCAGGUAUCAGCGGCUGCUCUGGUCGAUGCCGGUGGCCUGUCGUCCUGUGGCUCCAGCAGAGCGGCGCCCCCCUGUGGAGAGAGACGAGAGCAUCAUGCCUCUGUGGCUGGUGCGGAGUCUUCCCGUCAUCUUCCCGACCAUCAGCUGCUACAACAGUCCUUCUGGCUCCGCCCCCUGUCAGAGUCAGCUGACCUCCUUGCGCUCUGCCCCCAGCAGCUACAGCUUCCCCCCUGGCGGCAGGUAUCCGCCCCGCCUCCCAGAUCACCUCGGCUUCCGCCGAAUCGGCUUUGUGCUGCUGCAGCAGCCCCUCCCUCCUCCUUCCACCAACUCCUCCCCCUCACCGCCGCCUCCACAAGCACUGCUCCAACGCCUCCUCCUGACCAGGACCGACAGUCCUGCAGACAUCACAUCCUCCUCCAUCUCUACGGCAACCAGAGACCGAAUCAGACGCCACUGUCAGAUGCUGGCAGGUCUUAGGAGGAACAGGUUAACUCCGCCUCCUGCUCGGAGAGAAGCUCUGAUUGCCACACCGCCACCUCCUCCUGAAGGCCCGGCCUCCUCUCAGCUGAUAGCAAAUGAUGUCCGCAGAGUGGAGGAAGAGGAGGAGGAAGAGGAAGAGGAGGGAGACGUCCUCCUGACGCUGUCUGAAUCUUCGCCCAGUGCUGCAGAAAGUGACGACAACCUGGAGGAGGCGGAGCCAGACAGAAAAAAGGAAGAGACUCUGACAUCCAGAGAAGAAGAUGGAGGAACAUCUUCAGAAGAAUCCAGAGCGUCUGCCGUCCAGCUGCAGGAGGCGGAGUCAGUUGACAGUGAUGGUGGCGAUCAGUCGGAGGAUGUGGCCUUCGCUCAGGACUACCUGCACAGAGUGUGUGAUGCCGUACAGGUGAGCCCCGGCCUCCCGGAGCAGCUGCUGCAGGUUCUGGAUGAGUUUUCAGCUGCAGGGCCCCUAGAGGCCCCUGAGCUUCUGUACAGCAGGCUGAGCAGCAUCCUGCAGCCGUGGCCUCAGCUGCUCAGAGACUUUGCCGCAUUUCUAAACCGCAGACAGGCGCAGCGCUGCAGUCUGCUGUUGGAGCAGCAGCUCUUUGAACGCAGCCGGCGGUUUCUUCGAUGCCUGAGGCGGAGCCUGGGACAAAGCUCCGCCCCCUACCAGCAGGUGGUGUCUGUGCUGCAAGGAAACCCCGCCCCCUCACCUGAAGACAUGGCACAGCUGUCGUCUCUGCUCAGACUCCAUCCACGCCUGCAGCAGGAAGUCUGUGACUUCUUUUCACACAUCCCCUCGUCACCCGUAGCAACCAGCUCCAACACAGACUGCGUUUCCCAAAAUCCUCCAGACAGGAAGACAGUUGAUCCUCAGAUGGCCAAUGACAGAGAGGAGGGGGAGGAGCAACGAGCUGCUGGGGGCAAAUGCAUCAAGAUGGAGCCAAACAGAGGGAAGGUGGUCACCUGGACACGUGACGCUGACCGAAUCAUCCUGACGGCGUGUCAGCAGAGAGGAGCCAAUCAGAGCACAUUCAGACAGGUGUCUGUCCAGCUGGGAAACAGGACUGCCCAACAGGUCCACCUUCGAUUCAAGAACCUCAUGAAGCUUUUCCACAAGUCUACCUACUGCGCCUCAGAGAACCAGCCAAUCAGCAGACAGGACGCAGCUCCGGACUGACCAAUCACAGACGGAUUCAGAGCCAACACUGAUCCAGACCCGCUGCAGCAGGAUCGAACCUGUGACGCUUCAGUUACAUGAUGAAGUCCAGCAAAGAAAGAACAUUUGUAGAACCCUUUUAAGGAUUCUUUAGUUUAAUUUCAGUAAAAGUUCUCCAGACGUGACUCAGGAACUCACAGGAACAUUCUGAAUUCAGAGGUUGUAGAUGUGAAUCCAUGAGAUUUCAUCCUUGCAACUCAAGAACUCACCUGACUCAUCUGGAGUUCUUCAGCCAGCCUGCGGUUCUAAACGUCAGGGUUUAAGUGAGUCCAGAACACGCCGACCUUUAGAUCAGACUCUGGAAUCAGUAGAAGUUUCAAACUUUAAAAGCUUUAAAGUUUAAAACUUAUCUUCAGAGUUUUGUUCAGGAGGCCAUCCAUGAUGGUUUUGGACUUCCUCAUACAGUCGUUCUUUCUAGUCCUAACUGAGUCUGUAGAACUUGGUUUAGUUUUGCACAAUAUUCAGAAACUUGAAUUCAGCUUAAAGAAACCAGAAAACAUGAGUGAGAUUAAGUCCAGAACCUGUUCAGUGUUAAUACCACAGAACGUGUUCUAGAUUCAGAGCUGUCAUUCUGGAUGUGCGGAGGGAGUCAAAUGACAGACUCUAGGUUUACUGAGGAACAGUUCAGGAGUUCUUCAGAAUGUUCCUGUUUGUUUCACCAGUUCUGGAAUUCACUAUAGAUCUCUACCUUCCGCUGGGUUCUAGAAGGAACCAAAGCAGAUCUGAAACAACUCAGAAUGAUGCAGAACCUCAAAACUCUGAAGGUUUGUUCUAGUUUUGACUCACAGGUUGGUUGUAGCUGCAGCUCAGAGCAGAGUUCACAUGGAGGUCUACUCAAAUUUAUUUAUUCUUAAUUUAUGUCAUCUGAUGUCAUAGAGGGGCGGAGUCUUGGUCACAUGACACAGGUGAGGGGCUGCAUGUGUGUUUCUCGCCGCUUUGUGUUGGUUUGUUUUUGUUUUCUUGUUCCGUUUCAUCUUGAAGGCUCAGGUGUGACAGCUGUGUGAUGAUGUCAGCAGGUGAAGGUCAGCUGAUCGAAGAUAAACAAACAUCUGGAUCUGCAGAAACGUUUUAGCAUCGAGCAGGUCGGCAGUGAAACAUCAGAAGUAGUUAGUCCUCCCAUGAUGCACUGGGGUUGACCUGCCUCAUCAGCGGCCUUAUUUACCUGUUCAUGAAGGUUGUGUGAAUGUUCUAUAAAGGUUUUGUGGAAGCAUGUGUUUAUUCAUAUUGAAUAUGGACGAAUUGCUUCAAGAAACUUUACUUAUUUCAAAUCGUUUUAUUUCUGUUUGUUAACUGAUGUUUCUGUUUAAGGAGGAUUUUUAAGAUGAAAUUUGAUGUGUAAAUCAGAGAUCAGCUGAUCAGAAAGAAAAUAAACAUUUAAAUAAAAAAUGUUGCAUGAA